GUCCUGCGUUGUGACCCAAGGUCGCUUUCCGUCUGCUUCAUUCACCCUCCACGUACACGGCCCCAUAUCGUGCCUACGUUGCCCAAGUGAUCGCCUGCUUUGCUUUCAGCGCAAGCGACAGUCCCCGCUAGACCCCCAUUGCGCGAUACCCCGCAACGCGCUAUCUACCCUCCACAGAUACAUAAAUUGCCCUCUCAACCCCUCCGUUUGCUCUACGGACAUUAUUCUGAGCCACAAUGGAGAAUGAGCCUUCCCAGCCUACUCAGCCUUCCACACAGCAAGUGCUGGACCCUCGUCGCUUAGGUAGGAACAACUCGGGCUUGAACGACUGCGACAUCUCGGAUGUCCUCGUCAUUCUGCAUCCAGCUACACCGACUGCCAUCAAAAUUGUCGAGCAUGCGGCACAGCACAGGCCCGAGCAUGUACUGUUCCGGAAUUCUGUCGACUCCAUGGGCGAAUCAAUCAGUGAUGCUGAGGAGCAAGAAACUUUCAUAAUAAACCCACAUCCAGACCAAACUGGACGCAGUUCUCGUGCUGGGGCUGACCUUGCCCUUCGCCUCUCGUCUGCAAACAAGUUGAAGUUCAAGCAGCUUGGCUUCAUAUUCGGGCGCAACCAUCAGAGCGCCGAUAUCAUCUUUGGUCAGGACUCUGGAAAGAGGAUUAGUAACCAGCACUUCCGAAUCUACAUUAACAUGGACGGUCUGCUCAUGCUCGAAGACAUGUCCACAAACGGCACUAUUGUUGAUGAAGCACUUCUCAAGUGCAAAGACGCACGCUUUAGCAAGAUCCGAAUGCUAAGCUCCGGUUCCAUCAUCUGCAUACAAAACUCCAAUGAUGCGGAGAUGAUCAAGUUCAUCGUCCGCAUUCCUUCACGAGUGUCCUAUCAGGAGCGCUUCCGGGAAAACCUCCGCAACUUCAUUACCGAGUGUACGCCCGACUUUGGUGAGGAAAAGAGCAAAGUGGUGCAGCGAGUGGCGAAACAGUAUGGUGGACCUUCCAUGAAAUGGGAUGGUGGGAAAUACUACAACAUCAUCGGCCAAAUUGGCAAAGGUGCUUUUGCUACCGUCUAUCAACUCGCGGUGAAGAUGACUGGCAAACUGCUAGCCGCAAAAGAACUCGAGAAGCGGCGGUUCAUGAAGAACGGCAUGCUUGAUAAAAAGAUUGACAACGAAAUGAAGAUUAUGCAACAUCUUCGGCACCCUAAUAUUGUAGAAUUUGUUGAAUACUACGAUCAAGGCGACUAUUUGUACAUCAUCAUGGAGUAUGUCCGGCAAGGUGACCUACAAGGCUACCUUAACCAGCAUGGCUCGAUGAAGGAGGAGACUGCCAGGAGCAUGGCUCAACAGAUUCUGAAUGCCCUGAGCUAUCUGCACCGAGCUAAGAUCACUCACCGCGACAUCAAGCCUGAUAACAUUCUCAUCGCUGAUCUUGAUCCUUUCACCGUCAAGCUUUCAGAUUUCGGCUUGUCAAAGGUCGUCAAGCACGAGGAGACCUUUCUCAAGACCUUUUGCGGUACUUUGUUGUACUGCGCUCCAGAGGUUUUUCCUGAUUUCAACGGCCAGUCAAAGGGCACCAAACGCCGGCGUGGAGCCAAGGUGUACCAUUCCUAUAGUUCGUCAGUCGACAUAUGGUCCUUUGGAGGUGUCCUCUGGUAUGCACUCUGCGGCGAACCUCCAUUUAGGGGUAUUGCCGACGCCACCGGUGAGGCCAUGUACAAUAACAUCAUGGGCACUCCACUCGAUCCAACGCCACUCCGCAAAGCAGGUGUUUCUGCAGUCUGCAUCGACCUCUUAACGCAAAUGCUUCGAACAGAUCCUUCCGAACGGCCGACUGAUCGUGACUGCCUAAACCACCCAUGGCUCAAGGACGGUGCGAUAAUCCCUGCUGAUCCCGCCUUGCAGUCCAUCAUCGAAGAGGAGGAAGAAGAAGAACAGGAAGAAGAAGCUGAGCAACAAUUGUCGCAACUUCGUCUUCAAGAAGAAGAGAUUCCAGAGUCGGAUGACGAAUCUGAUGUUCUCUACGAUGAACAACUCAUGGGUUUUGUCACAGAGCGACAGCCAAAGCGAGUCCGUGCCGACCCUCUAUACCCCCGGGAUCAGAUCAGGGAUCGCGACGAAUCCAGUAUGGAGCCUUCUUUUGCUUCGUCUCAUCUAGUCCCUGAGGGUGAGAGUUUUCAGGUUAUGCCGACACCCAGGCGGCCUCUCUUUGGUGAAAUUGGACAGUCUGCUUUGGAAAGUUCAGGAGUACUAAGUGCGCAUGCCAACGAUGCUCUAUCACGUGAGGAAUCUAUCCAGCUUGCGCAGAAUGACGGCGCUGCAGAGUCGAGCCACACUGAAGAUGGCUCAGACUACGAAGGACCUUUCACCGCACCCGCACGUCUAGAUCAUGGUGUGUCAUCUUCUAGUCUAUUGGGCACCGAAUCUCUGGUGAGAGAUCUUAACAUGACAUCGCCUCAUUCUCCUGUCUCUCGAACGCAAAGUCCCGUCAUGCCAGCAACACCCAAAACACCAGAAGUCGUUCAGCAUAGCUCUCUGGACCAGUCGUCUAAAGACUUCAGCCAAGUGAGUGAGCCGACCCCAAGAGCACGGCCAUCCGGGAUGAACCGGCUGAUUGAGCUGCCGGUUACUGCAUCCUACUACUACGACCCAAGGGACCCAGAUACACACAAUUUGGAAUAUGCUUCUAAGAUAAGCGGGCAUGACUUUUCAACCAUCAACCAGGAUGCCACGAGUGAGACGUCUGCAUACCCAGAUACAGUAGGGGUGUCACGGACAAGUGAAACAUCAGCAGCGUCAAGUGCUGCAGCAGCUCCUUCUCCUGCUGCUGAGAUACCGUCUGUCCCCACUGAGCUGGAUUUCCGCCCACCUCCAAGGCGACUGGGCAAGCUUGUUGCGACACCAGAUUCGUUUGCUCCCAACCUCACUCUCAACAUCACCCAAAGCAAGACUUCGUGGGGUCGUCUCGCAAACAAUACUAUUGUAUACGAGCACAGUCGUGACACCCGUGUUCCGAAGACAGCAUUCAUCAUCUUCUUCUAUUCGCCCAGCGGUCAGUCCCAGGGGACCGUUGACGAUCUCUCUCAGCAAGGCAAAGAUUGGACUAGUUUGCAGGACCUGCACGUCGGCAUUUGGACAUGCGCUACGCACGGCAUCUCCAUCAAUGGCAAGCAUCUCAAACAACAAGACGAAAAGAAGCGCGCGUUGUUUGGUCAUUUGCACACUGGCGAUAUUGUGCAGGUAUACCACGACUCGCGCGGAACCGAAUGCCUCAAGUUCCAAUGUGAAUUCUACCUUGGCUUUGGCAAGGAUCCACGACCGCCAGGCAAGAGCUUCAGUACACUCAUUGGGAACAGGCUUUCUCAAUAGGCCGGGAUUUAGUUUGCUUCAUCUCCACUUCCAUAUUGGGGUUCCAAGGUAUUUCGUUUCCUUCUAUUGGCUUCUACAGAAUCGUAUUACCUUAGGUGUUUGGCAACCUUUUGUACUACCAUUUUUCUCACUCAUCACCUUUAUCGUCACUUGCAUAUCUUUUUUUCC